AUGUCUGUUUCCGACAUCCCUCGAUUACUGUCCGACCAAGUGACGGCUGAUGACUUGGAAGCUCCAAACAACGGAAUUUCGGAAUCUGAACACAGCCAGACAAGUGACGGAUACAACGACUCUUACAGAGUUUCUUCACAGGUGAAAAUUGAAUCACCUAUUUUGGACAGUUCAUCUCCCGACUCAGUGCAUCAACAUCAUCAACAUAACCUGCACGUGCAACAAUCACACAUGCAUCAGACAAGUAUGGCUAGUAUGGCCAGUAUGCCUUAUAGCCAGCCCUCUAUGGCCAACAAGGCGCCCCCAUACACGGUCAACGGCAUAAGUCUGACCGCACCAAACAUGGACCUUGUCCAUCCCGCCAUGGGAUAUCCAACAGCCAACAACAGAAAACAGCGCAGAGAAAGGACAACAUUUACGCGUGCACAGCUGGACAUUCUAGAAGCUCUGUUCCAGAAAACCCGCUAUCCAGAUAUCUUCAUGAGAGAAGAGGUAGCCCUGAAAAUCAACCUCCCAGAGUCUCGUGUACAGGUUUGGUUCAAGAACAGAAGAGCAAAAUGUCGUCAGCAACAGAAGGCGCAAGAGGGCAAACCAAAACCUUCCACACCCAAAAAGACAAAAUCUCCCCCUCCCCCAGCGUCGUCCCCUGGGUACGGGAAACCUCCCGUUGUCAGUAGCCCAGUCUCAAAUGGCUCCAUGAACACCGGGUCUUCAAUCUGGAGUCCCGCCUCCAUUCCACCGGUCAAUGACAUCAUGAACGGAAACAGUUGUAUGCAAAGAGGAGGUUACCCUAUGAGCAACUCCCAGACAGCUGCCUACCCUCACCAAAACUACGGGCCUUCCUCAUAUUAUCAUGGUAGCAUGGAUUAUCUCAAUCAUAUGCAGCUUCCAGUCAUGUCCAACCAAAUGAGUAACUCAAUGUCCGGUAUAUCGAACACGCAUGCACAGCAGGUAUCUUCAUAUGGAGCACUUCCGGGUCCUCAGACCUUAGUUCGCGGUAACCAUAAUGAUUGCCUAGAGUACAAGGACACGUCAUCAUGGCCAAAAUUCCAAGUAUUGUGA